UCAGUUGACAAAUUUCUAAGCAUUUUAUAUGUUUUAGAGGAACGUUUUUUUAAAUCCUGUUCUUCCGUUUGCUGUUGUGGUCCUUGAAUUCCCAACUAUGGCAGUUGUACCAGUUUGCAAUAUUCACACGAUACGACCAAAUCCACUACAGGGUCUGGAAUUUUUAUACGUACCUCUGCACUAUAGUCUACAUGUGACUACCACUCUAAUUUCUGCCAUUGGGACCUUCUUGUACCGCCUGUGGUCGCCGCCCUUGAGGAGAAGUUGGUAAGGUAUAGGGUACUUCGUACUUAUUUCUCCACACCAUCCACAGUGCCUCAGAUGCAGAAGAAGCCUUAGCAAGGAGAGGUUAAAGAAGCCAGACUUGGACACCAAAGGAAUUCGAAGCCGGGGACGGACACGACAUAAAGCGAGGCAGAUGAAGAAGAUGUUAGCCCGAGCGGAUGCAUAAGUAAAGUACGAGGAGGGACAAGAAGGGACCAUGACCAGGACCAGUCUGGACUUAGGGCGCUGGCUUGGAUCGGGAGCAGGAGGAGGAGGUGGAGCAGGAAAAAGAGGAAGAGGUCGAUGGGAAUACGAGAAGAGGCAGCAUCAACAGCCACAGCAGCAUAAACAAAACGACCAGCAGACCUGAAGGAACGGAAGAACCAAGCACUGAACGAAAUUCAGCCAGUGUUUUCUUUUAUAUUUAAAUUUAAACAAUAAGUGUAUUUUUAAUUGAUUUCGUUUUAAUUGGUUAAAAUCCAUAAAUAAACCCAAUAUAAAAAAUAUGUUAAGGAGUAAAAUACAGAUACAAUGUACC